CGUCACCGCCCACCGCACGCGUCACUGAGCGAGUCAUGGCCGCCUGCGUGCCCCGCGACUCACGGCGUCUCCCCGCGCUCUGCGCGACCCUCCUCGCGGUGGUUCUGCUCUCCUCCCGAGGCUCCUCCGCCUUCUCCCUCCUGCCGAGGACUUCACCGGGAGGACACAAUGGCUCCUCCGUGGUCCCGCUGGUCAUGUGGCACGGCAUGGGUGACAGCUGCUGCAAUCCGCUUAGUUUGGGAAGCGUUAAGAAGAUGAUAGAGCGAAAAAUUCCCAACAUCUACGUGCUUUCACUGAAGAUUGGAGAUAGUGUGUUGCAGGAUGUGACCAAUGGCUUCUUCAUGAACGUGAAUGAUCAGGUGGACUUGGUUUGUCAGAUGUUGCGCAAGGACCCUAACCUGCAGAACGGAUACAAUGCCAUGGGCUUUUCCCAAGGAGGCCAGUUCCUGAGGGCGGUCGCCCAGCGCUGCCCAGACCCUCCCAUGCGGAAUCUCAUCUCAGUGGGAGGGCAGCAUCAGGGAGUUUACGGAUUUCCAAAGUGCCCUGGUGCAGAAUACCACUUGUGCGACUACAUAAGAAAGCUGCUCAACAAGGAAGCAUACCAGCCGCAGAUCCAGAAGAUGAUUGUCCAAGCUGAAUACUGGCACGACUCGCUGAAUGAAGAGCUGUACAUUAACAACAGUGUGUUCCUGGCCGACAUUAAUCAGGAGAGGGUUGUCAACCCAUCGUACCGUGAAAACUUGAAGAAACUUAACAAGUUUGUGAUGGUUAUGUUUAACCAGGAUCAAAUGGUCGAACCAAAAGAGUCAGAGUGGUUUGGCUUCUACAAGCCUGGACAGGCGGUAGAAAUCUACAAGCUGCAGGACAGCGCCCUCUACACAGAGGAUCGCUUGGGGCUCAAGGAGAUGGACCAGGCUGGGAAGCUCGUGUUUCUGUCAUCUGACACGGACCAUCUGCAAUUCACUGACGAGUGGUUUGAUGAAAAUAUAUUGUCCUACCUGAAAUGAAGAUGGGACAAAUGUGAUGCAGGGGUGUGAAUAUUUUUCUGAGAAUGUAAAAUUGCGGUAGGCUGGUGGGUUUUUUUUUGAUUAAAAAGGUUUUUUUUGUUAUUUUAAUUGCUUAUAAUAAAACAUGUCAGUUGGGUAGUUGUAAGUAUUUUUCAUGCUAUACACUUACGUGGUGUGUUGUGGGGGUACCGUUCACACUUUUGACAUCUAUGGAGCAAGUAAACAAGCCAAUCUUUAAAUGGUAAUUACGCACUUUAUAAUACCAUAUUGCUUUAUUCUGCUCAUAUACAUUAAUAUGAUCAACAAUUUUUGACAAACAUUGUAUGACAAUGUUCUGCUUAACGUCGGUAAAGCUUCAGAUGUAUAAAAUAACAGCAGGUAUGUUUAAAUUUACACCGAUAUAGAAUGCAUUACAUAUUGAAAAUACCGUGUUAACAUUUAAUAGCUGCGUUCAUAAUACAUAAUAUAUCCAAACUUACUGUAAUAGAUUGACGAAAAGGUAGUUUUUAGUCAGGUAUCAGUCUAUGCAUCCAGUAGAGUUACACAAUUUAAAAAGGCAAAGGGGCAGGUCUGCAGUUAGUUGCCCACGCCACUGCUGGUGGAAGGGCCUUGCAGUAUCUUAAUUUAAAACUUAGUAUUUACCCAUGUAGAGCAAAUGGCAGCAUUAUCUUGCAAUGAUUUCCCAUGCAUAGCUCGAGCAACACUUGACAAUAAAAUGUUCACAUAAAAUUUUGUUGGAACAUAUUUUUUGCGUGUUUUGAUCAUGCAUGACUACCACCAAGCCACCCCUUAUGGAAUUAUUUAAAAAAUAAGUUAUUUUGCAAAUGCAACGUUUUGUUGAGACAAAGCUUCCGUGGUAUAACCGCAUCGGGGGUUUCACACAUUCCAAUAAAAAGCAGAAAUUUUUUUCACAAAUUUCCGUUUUUUCAUGCGUAAGAUGACAUGUGCGUCCUUUUAAAAUAAGCUUGUAUAUACAUGCUGAUAUACAAGCCACCGGCGUAGAUUCUGUAAAAAAAACCCUGAAAUUAAUGUGUUAAUUACAAGUUCAUGUUUAUGUAAAUGCUACUCUAUCAUAACAAUCACCAGUCAUUUAACAUUUAAGGUGAGCUUACAACAGAUACACUCAAAGCAGUUUGUGAACGGUGAUUUGAUAUCGCUAAGAAGACACCACCAGAUGUUAACGUUCCAAUUACUGUUCAACUGAAAAUAUGCCGAGAGGCUUGUGAGCUGAAUGGAAGGCGUAAUUUUCUGUUUUAAUUCACACCGUGUCAACCAACGUCGCAGGAAAUCACGAGUUGCGUGACGCCAAGAAAGCUGUCAUUGGCCGCCCUUUAUUUUACAACCGUAGUUGAAAUUCCAGUUUUCGAUCAAUAGAUGGCACGACAAUACCAGCACCUAUGCUGACGUUCUCUACUUAUGUGUUUUUGCAAAGGCAGGAUUGUGGUGGGAAAUGGUGGUGGCUUGGGCAGGCUUUCAUCCAGCAGUGGAUUGACCAUGGCUGAUGAUGAUAAUUAUACAGUAUAUUAAAACUAGAGUACUUGUACACGUUUCCAACCAAAGAAAAUACGUUAUAUUAGUACUGUAAUGUAAGCUAACUAGCCAAUUGUGUGGCAUUCUGGUUUAGAAUCCCCUUUUGGUAUUAAAUGAAAACGGAUGGACAUUGUUUAACUACAUCACUAGAACAUGUACAGAGGAAUCAAAUAUUUGGGGGUUAAGGUAAUUUUAUGCAUAUAAAAAAUAAAUUCUCUACACAGCACUGUCAAUCCACUGUUGGAUGAAGGUCUCCCCAUACCGUGUUGGUCAUGGGGAUCACUGCAACGAUCCUCCUAUAAAUACAAAUGUUUUAGUUGAACAAGAAGAGGACGUGUUUUUUUGAACAUGGUACUUGAUGCGCGAAAUUAUGUAAAUUGGAGACAAUUGUUUAGAUUGAAUCCAUAAUGGCAUGCAAGUCAAGGCAAUUUAAACAAUAACAUGUGUUUGCGGUUUUUUUAUUAAUGCGUUUCAUCUGCUAUAACAUGGAUGAUUGGAAAACAUGGAUGUAACAAGAAAGAUUAAACAAAAACUUUAGAAAAGUACAAAAAUGAGCACGGAGAUACGCACGCUAGGAAUUACACCGAGAAACAGAAAGAGGAACACGUGGCUAAUGAAAAACGUAUACAGGUUAAUGGCAUUGACUAAAGUAGAACAAAUGGGCUUGGGCAGGACACGUCGCUAGAAGGGAUGAUGGCCAAUUGUCAAGCACAACGACGGAGUGACAGCUAAGGAAUGGAACGCGUCCAAGAGGAUGUACAGAGGAGGUACAGUGACGAAAUCUGCUUGUCUGCAAGCGCUUAGUGGAGUGAUCCAUCGCAGGAAUGUGGGAGAUAGGGGUGGCUUGUGGAGGCCCUCAUCCAGCAGCGGAUUGACCAAGGUCGAUGAUAAAAGGGAAUUUUGGUAAUGAAUGGUACAUUUCAGGCUUCUGCAGAUUUGACUAUCCGUGUCAUCAAUUUCAGUGUAAGAGCUCCUUGUGGUGCAUCAACCUGUGCACUGCUCUAAAGAUUCCUCCAUGAAUGUGAUUAAUAUUCAACAGGCACUGAUAUUCUCUUCAAAGAAUGAGCCUUCAGCUACCCAGCUUAAAAUUAUAAUUACAAUGAUACCUCACAAGGCCUGUAUUCACAUGCAAAUAACAAUGGUGUUGUCAUUAAAUUGUGUAUAUUAACAUUUCCAUACGAGUUACCUGUUGCCUUCGUAUGCAAUUGUAACAUGUAGAUAAUAUGGUGAUAAAGUUUUAACUGUUUGUUAAUGUGCCCAAAAUGAUGAUUAAUUGUUACUCUUCAGUUAAACAUUUAGAUAAUGCUGUAAUUUAAUGUUUGCCUCUUGUUGAUAGUCUUACCGGGUGUGAGCAUACUGUUUCUUACAUAUGUUACCAUACACUGUAAAAAAGAACUUAUUCAGCUACUUAAAAACUUGUCCAG